AUGUUAAUAAGCCACAUCGAAUUAAAAUUAGAUAUUAAAUUUAUUGAUAUAAAUCAUCAUCUUGCCAAUGGACACUGUUCACAUGAUAAAAUAUGUGAAAUCACAGCAGAUUAUAAAUUACACUCAAAACUUACUGGAACCAGAGGUGGUGGAUGUGCAUUGACAUUGAUAAGAGAGGUGACUGGUGUGACAAGUAUGAUUAAUCUAAAGGAACUUUUAGGAUCUAAAAUUUGUCCAACUAUUGAAUCGGCUAGUGAAAUAGGAACAUCCGAAAAUUAUACAAUAAAAACCAUUGAAAUAACAUUUUUAGAUCCUUCAUUGUCAAAAAUCCACUUGUUAGAAAAUUCAUUGGUUCGAUACGCAUAA